AUGUAUGUCGAGAACAGAAUGCUGAGAAUGCCGGAGACAGAGAUGAGUUGGAGGUGCAAAAUGCCGACGACGGGGAUGAGCUGUUGCGAGCCUAGCAUUAUAGGUGUCUGGUGUAAGAAUGAUAUGAAAAUGACAUUACAUGCUAGUAAGUUGUACUGUUUUUGCAAAUUAAAGAGUGUCAUCAACACGGCACAAAAGCUCGAUGAAAUGAUGUUCAGAACAACAACGGCAGCUCUGUUUCACCCCACAACAACGGCAGCUCUGUUUCACCCCACCGCGAAGCUGUACUCUUUACCCCUCAAGGCUUUCGUCUCACACUCGCUUCACAAACCCCAACGGUUAAUAAAUCGACAAAGAUACCCUCAAGCUGAUAGAACAAUCUUAUCCAUCAACACACCUCGUUCUCUAUCAUGUACAACAGUUCCCCAAAUUUCUAACGACAUGACUUCUGAUUUGGACAGCAGUUACUUAUCUUGCUCAAUGACCAAUAACAAGCACCCUCUCAAAAUUACGGUUCUUCACGGUGGUGGCGUUGAUAGCAGUGUCGCACUUCGCCUCCUCCACGCAGAAGAUUUCCAGAACUUUUGGUCUGAAUGUCCAUGGGAAGAGGAUUUGACGUACGCAAAAGCUGUUUGCAAUCAGGUUGAUGUAGCACUGGAAGUUGUACAUAUGACAGAUGAAUAUUGGGACAAAGUGGUUUCUUACAUUAUUGAUGAGUAUAAAUGUGGGUGUACACAUAACCCUGAUGUUCUUUGCAAUACAAGAAUCAAAUUUGGUGCAUUCAUGGAUGUCAUCAGUAACAUGGAUUUUGAGUUUGUUGCUUCCGGACAUAAUGCAAAAGUUAUUCACCCCCUUACAGAUGAAACCAAUGAGCUUUCAUUUCUUCAGCUGUCAAAGGAUAUGGUUCGACAUGGCCUGCUUUUCUAUGAUUGCAGUUUGCAUAUAGAAGAAAAAGAUGGUAUUGGUACUGUCCAAUUACCUGAAGAUGAUCAGGGUCUCGCAACCGGCCAAUUUGCAGCUUUUUAUCAACAAGAUCUUUGUGUGGGGUCAGGGGUAAUUUUGGAAUCAUGGGAUGAUGCUAAGGGGUUUCCUGUUUCUGUUUCUGAGAAGGCUCGUCAUAUUGCAAAAAUGGAAGAUAAAUCUAAGCUUGGUAAAUGUUGGAUAGAGUGUCUAAGUCCAUAA